UCAAUAAAAUUAAAGAGUCUCGUUUGGAUCUCUUUAUAUAUAUUUUUGUUUUUGUGUAUCCAUUUACAUGUAAACUACAAUAUCUUUGAUGGGUUAUCUUUCACGCAAGAUUGAAGAGUCAUGCAAUUUCUUCCACUGGAAGAAGAAGCUCAAAAAGGCUCAUCCAAACAGGCCCUCUGAGCUCACAGAAUUUUCUUACUCUCAGCUCCACGCCGCCACCAACGGCUUCUCCAAACACAACCUCCUCGGUCAAGGCAGCCACGGCUUUGUCUACAAAGCUCAGCUUCUUAACGGCCGGAAAAGUUUUGUCGCCGCCGUGAAAAUUAACAAACAGAGUGAAAUCAACGGCGGCGCCGCCGCUGAGAACGAGCUGCGAAUACUGUCGCGAGUUUAUCAGCUGCGGCUCGUGAACUUGCUCGGCUACGGCUUGGACACGGCUAAGAACAUAUUGACGGUUGUGGAGUUUAUGCCGAACGGUUCGCUGUACGAGUUGCUCCAUUGCUCGACCAGACCGCCCGGGUGGGACCGGCGGGUCCGGUUCGCGUUGCAGAUCGCGAGAGCGGUCCGGUUUUGCCACUCGCUGGACCCGCCGGUUAUUCACAGGGAUAUAAAGUCGUCGAACGCGCUGAUCGACGAGAAGCUCCACGCGCGGCUCGGGGACUUCGGCUUGGCUCUGAUGGGGAUGUCGGCGCCGCCGCCGCCACCGGCAGGAACGUUGGGGUAUCUCGACCCGGGCUAUCUUGCGCCGGGUGACGUCAGCACCAAGUGUGACGUCUUCAGUUUCGGGAUUUUGCUGCUGGAGAUCAUGACCGGCCGGAACGCAAUCGACGUGAAAUACAGUCCGCCGUCGGUGAUGGAUUGGGCGGUGCCGCUGAUUAAUUCCGGCGACUACGCCGAGAUUUUCGACCCGAGAAUCGGUACGCCGGAGAACUGCUCUUCACUCCGGCAGCUUGCGGAAGUAGCCGCCAGAUGCGUUACAAAGGCGGCUGCAGAGCGGCCGACAAUGGCGGAGGUUGUGCGAUGCCUAAAGGCGGUGUAUAAACGGGUGAGAAUACCGCCGAUACGGUGGCGCGUGAAUUGUAUGCGCGAACCAUCGCGCGUGGAUAAACAUGAAUUGUUAGACGACAGCAAGGAAAUGGUCAAGAUUUCCAUGGUUGGAAGCAGGAGGACCAGGAAAGUAUCUAAUGUAUCAACUGUAGAAUUGGAUAACAAUAUGAAUGGUUAAAAAACCGCUCAUCCUCUAUAACUGUAUGUCGGUAUUUACUUAUAAUAUAAAAGAAUUAAAGCAUAACUUCAUUAAAUACAAAUUAUGUUAGGGUGGGUUUGGUUAA